UUACAGCUUGCUCAGAUAUUACCAACGGAGGAGAAUUUCCUGUUGUUCUUCAGAUGCCAGCAGCUAAAGUCAAGUGAAGACUUCAUGCAGACAUGGAGAAAAUAUGACAGCGACCACAGUGGCUUCAUUGAUUCUGAGGAACUUAAGAGCUUCUUGAAAGAUUUAUUACAGAAAGCAAAUAAGCAGAUUGAAGACUCAAAGCUAACAGAAUACACAGAAAUAAUGCUCAGGAUGUUUGAUGCAAACAAUGAUGGGAAAUUGGAGCUUACUGAACUGGCCAGACUACUGCCUGUACAGGAAAACUUUCUUAUUAAAUUUCAGGGUGUCAAAAUGUGUGCAAAAGAAUUCAAUAAAGCCUUUGAGAUGUAUGAUCAAGAUGGCAAUGGCUAUAUAGAUGAAAAUGAACUUGAUGCAUUACUGAAGGAUCUCUGCGAAAAGAACAAAAAGGAAUUAGACAUUAACAACCUUGCGACAUACAAGAAAAGCAUCAUGGCCUUGUCUGAUGGAGGAAAGCUUUACCGAGCAGAACUGGCUCUUAUUCUCUGUGCUGAGGAGAACUAGAACUCUUAUAUCAUGUCCACUUAACUAGUGAUGUACUCUAUCUACAAAAUAACUGUGUACUAUAAGGGAGUAGGCUGUAUUUUUAAACUGCGUAUAGAAAAUUAGCCAGGAUGUGUGGCACAUUCCUUUAAGUUUGUUUCUAUACUGUUUGUAAUGUACAGUUUUUGUAACAAUAAGAUUGAUAAAGAGAAUGUCUAUGUUUGGGCCAGUCUGUAUAUUCAAAAAGAAACUAAAAUAUGUCAGGGUUGGUUUUGGUUUUGGGUUGGUUUUUUUUUUUUGCUUUCAUAUACACAGCUGGAAAAAAAAUUAAACCUGCUGACAUUGCUGUGGUCAUCAUAUCCUUUGACACUUGCAACAUUUCUUGUUGAACUACAUAACAAAAAGGUCUACAUCUCUUUCCCCACUACAACUAAAUGGGUUUUUUUAAAUGCAAAAUACGAAUUCAGAUUAAAUAUGGCCUAGGUCUGAAACAGGAAAGAGAUGUUGGCAUGUCUGAUUUCCAAAAUUUAACAAGGCACUAGGAAAUAUUUUCAGUUGUCAAACCACCCACUUACAGGUCUGUGCUCUCUGCAGUUUUUCAAUUACUCUUCUCUUUAGAAACUCAUAGCGUAUAGACAAAGCAUUUAUCUGGGAUAGAUCUCCAUGCAGUAGUUGACAAAAAUAUAGUGUUUUCAAUCUGUUUAGCUGUUUAACUUUACUGGAUUUAAACACAGGCACUUGAGAAAUAAAUGUCUUUGAUCUGUCUUGAAAUCCUGGCUAAAUGACAGGUAGUAUAGUUAAUUCACAGAUUAACAUAUGAUAUUAUAAGUGUACCUUUCAUGACUAUUGCUGUGUCAGAGAAUAUGACAAUCCAUUUUCUAAACUAUUUUCACAUUUUGCAGGUUAUAAUUAUCCUAGUAAAUCGCUGUUUUUACAUCAUAUUCUGUGUAAUCUAUAAUUAAAUUUAAUAUCCUAAGAUU